GAUACCCAAGUAGUAGAGGAAAAUGAUGUUAAUUCUCACUCUCAGGAAUUAAAUGGAACUAAUGUUGAUGGUGAGAAUGUUGAACAAGAGGAAAAUGUGGAUGGUGUUGUUAAUAAGGAGAAUGCCAAUAUUUCCCAUAAUUCUGAACAAAAUAUGGACCAUAAUUCUGAUCAUACUAACCGCAAUGUUAAACAAAAUGAAUCUGUUUAUGUUGACAUAUAUGAUCUAAGAAAAUGGGAUUCUCUUGAACAGGGGCGUGACAGAGCCGACGCAUACUGCGCGACGGCGCAGGGCCCCACAAAAAUAGGGCCCCAAAAUAUUGCUAAUGUUGAACAAGAGGAAAUUGUGGAUGGUGUUGUUAAUAAGGAGAAUGCCAAUAUUUCCCAUUAUUCUGAACAAAAUAUGGACCAUAAUUCUGAUCAUACUAACCGCAAUGUUGAACAAAAUGAAUCUGUUUAUGUUGACAUAUAUGAUCCAAGAAAAUGGGAUUCUCUGAGUCUAAAUUAA